UGUAACAACAACCUGCAGGAUUCAGGAGGGAAGCUGAUCUCUGUUGGACUGAAGAGUCCACACUGCACACUGGAGACUCUCAGUCUGUCAGGUUGUCUGAUCUCAGAGAAAGGCUGUUCGUCUCUGGUGUCAGCUCUGAGCACCAACCCCUCCCAUCUGAGAGAGCUGGACCUGAGCUACAAUCAUCCAGGGGACUCUGGAGUGAAGCUACUGUCAGCGGGACUGAAGGAUCCUCUCUGGAGACUGGACACUCUCAGGGUGGAGCCUGCUGGAGUCAGAUGGUUGACACCAGGUCUGAGGAAGUAUUCCUGUGAACUCACACUCAACACAAACACAGUAAACAGACACCUCAAACUGUCUGACAACAACAGGAAGAUCACACGUGUGAAGGAGCUUCAGUCAUAUCCUGAUUAUCCAGAGAGGUUUGACUGGUGGGAACAGCUGCUGUGUAGAGAUGGUCUGACUGGUCGCGGUUACUGGGAGGUUGAGAGGAGAGCAGUGGUUGAUAUAUGAGUGAGUUACAGGGGAAUCUGCAGGAAAGGAAGAAGUAGUGACUGUGUGUUUGGAGGUAAUGAUCAGUCCUGGAAUCUGACCUGCUCUGAUGGUAGUUACUCUGUCUGUCACAAUAAGAGAAAAAUAUCCACCUCCUCCUCUGUCUCUAACAGAGUAGCAGUGUAUGUGGACUGUCCUGCUGGCUCUCUGUCCUUCUACACAGUCUCCUCUGACUCACUGACCCACCUCUACACCUUCAACACCACAUUCACUUAACCUCUUUAUCCUGGGUUCAGGUUGUGGUCUUCUGUUUCCUCAGUGUCUCUGUGUUGUGUGUAGGAUGGAAAGUCUCCUCCUGUUUCUCACUGCUGAUCAGUUGAGUCUGUACAGGACCACACUUACAGAAAUAUUUCAGGUUAUUGUUAUGAACUAAUAAAUGAUCUUUGUAUAUAAUACUUCUGAAUAAUUGA